CAGAGUUGAAAGUCAAACAGCACUGCAGCUCGUGAGCAUGGCGGUCCUGGUGGGACGCAGAUCCCUAUUGCAAGCCUUCCGCGUGCAGGUGGCAGAUCGGGACAGCGCGUGCAGGUUGGCAGCGACCUCCUCCUGCACGCGACACUACCUGUUCUCCCGAACAGUGUUUCCCGCGUCACGGCUGAGCGGCCAGGGAGUAGGAAUACGACACUACAGCUCCGACUCGAAGGACGACCUGCGCGUCAGAUACCUGGACGGAGAGGACGACGGUAUUGUUGUUGUUGGAAUAAAUCGACCAAAAGCCAAAAAUGCCAUCAGCAAAAAUCUGGUCAAAAUGAUGUUUGAGGCUGUGGAGGAUAUCAAGAAGAAUAACAAAGUGCGCAGUGUCAUUUUAUGCAGUUUGGUUCCUGGGAUCUUCUGUGCAGGUGCAGACCUGAAGGAGAGGGCUAAGAUGCACCAGAGUGAAGUGGGACCGUUUGUGUCCAAAGCACGAGCACUCAUCACAGAGCUGGGUAACCUGCCGGUACCAACAAUUGCUGCAAUUGAUGGGGCUGCAUUAGGAGGAGGCUUGGAAAUGGCCCUGGCCUGUGACAUCAGAGUUGCCUCAAAUACUGCGAAAAUGGGACUAGUGGAGACAAAGCUUGCAAUUAUUCCUGGAGCAGGUGGCACACAGCGUCUCCCCAGGGUGAUAGGCGUUUCUCUUGCUAAGGAGCUCAUCUUCGCUGCCAGGGUGGUGGAUGGAACAGAGGCGUGUCGCCUGGGUCUUGUCAGUAACUCUGUGGAGCAGAAUAAGAGCGGAGACGCUGCCUACCUGCAGGCUCUGCAGCUCGCCCGCGAGAUCAACCCUCAGGGUCCCAUUGCAAUAAGGAUGGCAAAACUCGCAAUCAAUCAGGGGAUCGAGGUGGAUUUAUCUACAGGUCUGGCCAUUGAAGAGGCAUGCUACGCCCAGGUGAUUCCAACUAAAGAUCGAUUGGAGGGAUUGGCUGCUUUCAAGGAGAAGAGGCGUCCUCACUUCAAGGGGGAGUGAGACAUCACUCCGCACAGAGACAGUUCUGUCUUCAGCGCUGCUCCUGUUCCACUGCUUCCAACAUAUUUAUGGGUGAAACUGUACACAUCAACGCAUUAACCCGUACAGUAUCCAGGGGACUGCAGGACAUUAGGAUUGAUCCUGGCUGCUGUUUCGGCCAGUGACUUAAAUGUUAAUGUGUAAAGCUGGGUAUGUCAACUGUCACUAAAGCAUUUGGAGAAACCAAGUGAAUUAACCAAGCAUUGGACACUGCUUCCCUGACUAAUGAACCAAUCCAAGAGCUGCUGAAAUGUCCAUAAAGUUAUGUGAAUUCUGCCGAUGAUUGAUGCUUCAGAAAGUCCGUCGCUUUUUUACUUUGGUAGAAAUGUACUACUGUGUUCAUGACACUGAAUAACACCAGAGGUGUCUGCAUGAAAUCAUUAAACAGCUGGUUUUUCCCUCA